AUGUCGCAACACAACUUCGUUACGCCAGGCCAGCAGCGCUAUCUCCGCGCCUGCAUGGUUUGCUCCAUCGUCAUGACAUACAGCCGAUUCCGCGACGAAGGCUGCCCCAACUGCGAAGAAUUCCUCCACCUCGCCGGCUCCCAGGACCAAAUUGAGAGCUGCACCUCCCAGGUCUUCGAGGGCGUCAUCACCCUCGCCAACCCCGGCAAGAGCUGGGUCGCCAAGUGGCAGCGCCUUGAUGGCUACGUCCCUGGCCUCUACGCAAUCAAGGUCUCUGGGCAGCUUCCAGAUGACAUACGGCAAAUGAUUGAAGAUGAGUAUAGGAUACAAUACAUCCCUCGUGACGGAAGCGCCACCGAGGUCGACGCCUAA